CCCAUGUGACACACACCCCGACCAACUCUCAGGCAUAUAACCCCACCACAGGCAUACACAGAUUUCCUUCUUGAGGCUGGCAUGUAACCUCACCCACACACAAGUCCCUUUCCCCACUUAAAGCCUGUAGUCCUUGCCCCAUGUUGCCCUCCUCCGGAGUUCAGCAGGAGUGUUUUGCUUUCUGGCAUUUUGCUUGAUAUCCAUUUCCUGGGUGAGCUUUCACCUCACGGAUGAGCAGCUGAAGAGACUUUUAUAUUUAGUUCUUGCCCCCUCCCAACCCCAGACCCUUAUCUGUAUUGAUGCAGCUCCAGUUACAGCAAUGCAAGCUGCCCUGGCGCCACCAUUCAUCUAGUUCUUUGGGCUCAAAGCAAAGCUAACUCAGUGUUUGCUCUGAACUUCACACUUUCCAUGCUCAGGUUGAUGGUUUUGUCCUGAAUGACGAGUUCCCUAAGUUAAUCAUUCUCCAGAAAGCAGCUGUAAACAAAACGGAGAAGAAAAGAGAACAUCAACAAAGCUGUAGCUCUGCAAAAUACCCCAGGAUGUGAAUUCUGAUGAGAGUCCAGCCUCCUGUUCAGACACCCUGAUAGCUGCUGUUUUACUUUUCCUUGUUCAAAACUGCUCUUUUGUUCCAACUUUUAUUUACAAGCAGUUGCUAUUUUUUUAAAUCUUUUAUUACAACUAUUCACUACAGCUGUGAGCUGAAUUUUAAAAAAGCAGGACAACUCCUCCUAUCAACAGGAUUUUUCUUUUUUUCUUGGAGAUAUUACUCUGAAUUUACCAUGGUGGAUAAGGGUUACAGUUACUACCGAACAGUGAUAUUUACUGCCAUGUUUGUUGGCUACACACUGUACUAUUUCAAUAGAAAAACGUUUUCAUUUGUAAUGCCCUCAAUCAUGGAGGAAAUAGAAUUGGACAAAGAUGACUUGGGUCUCAUCACUAGCAGCCAGUCUGCAGCCUAUGCCAUCAGUAAAUUUAUCAGUGGAGUCCUCUCUGAUCAAAUGAGUGCCCGCUGGCUCUUCUCAUCUGGCCUUCUACUGGUGGGCGUAGUCAAUGUUGUCUUUUCUUGGAGCUCUACUGUUACAGUCUUUUCAGGGCUGUGGUUCCUGAAUGGGCUGGCACAAGGACUGGGGUGGCCACCAUGUGGGAAGGUACUGCGCAAAUGGUUUGAGCCUUCCCAGUUUGGGACGUGGUGGGCAAUUCUCUCCACCAGCAUGAAUCUGGCUGGUGGCUUGGGCCCCAUUGUUGCUGCUCUGAUGGCUCUGCGCUACGACUGGCGCACAACUCUGUCCGUCUCUGGCUUCAUCUGCGUGGGUGCCUCCUUUGUUUGUCUUGUCCUGAUUAAAAAUGAGCCCUCAGAUGUUGGGCUACCGAACAUUGAACCAGGAACCAUGAAAGGGAAAAAAGGCUCAUCCAGAGAUGACAGCACCCUGGCAGAGCUGCUACUCUCGCCAUAUCUGUGGGUACUCUCAACUGGCUAUCUGGUUGUCUUUGGAGUGAAGACAUGCUGUACGGAUUGGGGUCAGCUCUUCCUGAUUCAGGAAAGAGGACAGUCUGCUCUUGUGGGCAGUUCUUACAUGAGUGCCUUGGAGAUUGGGGGCCUGGUAGGAAGCAUCGCUGCUGGGUACCUUUCUGACAGAGCAGUAGCACGGGUGGGUCUGUCAAGUUAUGGGAAUCCUCGGCAUGUGCUCCUGCUUUCCAUGAUGGCGGGAAUGUCUGCUUCAAUGUACCUUUUCCGGGUCACAAUCACAAGUGACUCUCCUAAGCUGUGGAUACUGAUUCUAGGAGCCAUCUUUGGGUUUUCUUCUUAUGGACCAAUUGCAUUGUUUGGAGUGAUAGCAAAUGAGAGCGCACCUUCCAACCUGUGUGGCACCUCGCAUGCUAUUGUUGCACUACUGGCCAAUGUUGGUGGUUUCCUAGCUGGAUUGCCUUUCAGUACUAUAGCCAAGCACUACAGUUGGGCCACAGCCUUCUGGGUAGCUGAAAUAACGUGUGUCAUCAGCACCAUAGCCUUUUUCUUGUUACGGAACAUCCGCACCAAGAUGGGUCGGGUACCCAAGAAGAUUGACUGACUAAAGAUGAGCUGAAAAGGUACUAAGGAUGCUCCAGAUGCCAUCUAGGGAUGGCAAAUGACUACUCACUGGCCUGGUACUGAGUUUCCUAACAAUGCAGCCUAGAGCAGAAUAUUUAUCAAAAUAUCAUUUAAUUUUAGUCAUUUUCCUGUUUAGAAAGGCACAAGAUCUUCAUUGGCUUAUGUUUUAAUGCCUACACAAUUUGUGGUUGUUCAGUUAUAGUUUACAUCUCAUGACCUCACUUUACCUCUUACUUAAAGUACUGGUAGUCUUGAUUGCUAAGCUAGAAGUACUGCAGAAAACUGGUAUCUGGUACCUGCCUAACCUUCUUGCUGCUGGCCUCAGAUGUAGUGUUACACUCAAUUCACCCUCAUUGCUUACAGAAAUAUUAGCGUUAGCCACCACUGAACCUAUUUUCAUUUACUUCCACUUGCUGCUGUAGGUGCAGCUGUGACCCAGCUUACUCUGCCAUGAGCUACCUGCUGUGUCUCCCUCCCCAGAAGCAGAGACUGCUAGCCUAUUACUAAAGCAAAACACUGCUUCCCCAGCUAUUGUCAGAGACUGAACAGUUACUGGUCCACCUAGUUCUGCAGAUCCCUGCCAUUGCAGCAAAAUGGCUCCCUUUUCAGUAAUGGCAAAUGAGUAAAGUCCUUCGAACUCCAUUCAAGAGAUGGAAGUACUGUACAACAGUUACUUUUUCUUGUUAAAUUAGUCACUGUGGCUAACCUCGGAGUAUUAGUGAACUGCAAAACAGAUGGUUACCACCAAACAGAAUAGUACUUCCUGGGGUACCAAGGAAAUUGGUUCAAGCGUGUAUGCAGUAACAGCAUUAGACACAUACACACUUUGUACAGCUCCUCUCUUUCUGCAUUAUCUAGAAAAGUCUUUAAAAGAGAUUUUUAUCAUUAGUUUGUAGAUUUGUAUAAAUAACAAUCCAGGAUAUUGUCAGGUGAAAGUUUAAAUUUCUAAUGGCUCCAGUUCGCUGAACCAGGUACAGCAUUUUUAGGUUAAACUACAACAUAGGGGCUGCUUACUAUUAUGAAUGCUUGUUAGCAGGACCAUUGCUCCUUGGUAGUAAAUAUGUCAUGUUACCAGACUUUUCUUAUCAGGAUUUUUGUGUGUGUUCUCUGCAGGCUUUUAGUUAUUUAGAAUGCCUGUAGAUAAGCAAGAACCGCAGCAGCCACCACUGUAAAGCUACCUUGACAUAAGAUUGGUUCUGUCAAUCCUAAAAUGGCUAAAUAUUGUACAAAAGUAAACUACAUUUGAUACUUAAGCAUGAGUAUUAAGAAAUACUGUUUACCAACGGGGAAAUAAAAAUUGGAGCUCUGCA